AUGGACACGACAGAAACGCCAACGCCCGCGACGUCCACUGCGUCAAAGCCUAAAGUGUACGGUGCGAUCUUUGACAUGGACGGCACGUUGCUCGACACGGAAGAGCUGAGUCGGCUUGCGAUCGAUGGCGUCCUGCGUCCGUUUGGAAAGGAGUUCACGAUGGCUAUGCACAAGACGAUUCUGGGGCGGCCUGCCAACGAGUGGACGCGCAUGGCCAUUGCGGCCGCGGGGCUCAGCCACGAGGCGAUCACGCCAAACGAGCUCUUCGAGCAGUGGGCGACACGCAUGCGCGCCAUGUCGGACCGCGUCAAGGAGCUCCCGGGCGGCCUCAACGUGCUGCGUGCGCUGCACGCUCGUGGCAUUCCCUUGGCGCUGGCCACGUCCAAUAGCCGGAGCGUCGUCGAGACGAAAAUGAAGCACCAUCGCGAGUUGUUCGCUUUCUUCUCGACUAUCGUGUGCGGCGAUGAUCCUGCCGUGAAGCGGGGGAAGCCGGCGCCCGACAUUUUCCGGACGGCUGGUCAGCGUCUGUUUGGUCUGACCGAAGGGGGCGACGAGGGCGGCGACCCGCCGCUGUGCAUUGUGUUUGAAGACUCGGUGAACGGGUACACUGCCGCGAAGGCGGCGGGUAUGCACAGCAUAGCGCUUCCCGAUGUCCGUAUCCACACGGACGAAGAGACGAGAGCUGAGCUCUUUGGCGAUGCGGACGAAGUGCUCUUGUCGUUUGCGCAGUUUCGCAUCGACAAUUACGACUGGCAGCUCCAGCAAUAG